CUGGUAUGUACCAGUCAUAUCGCAAAUCUUCUUGGCACUCGGUACUAUCAUGGUUUUCAUCCGUUUGCUUGGCUAUUUGGAUGUCACUGCCACGUUUGGGCCACUGGAAUAUUCCCUGUGGACAGUUGCGAAGGAUGUUGGGUACCUGAUAUCUGUGUAUGUUUUCGUUUCUGUGGCCUUUGCCAGUGGGAUGACCAAAGUGUACAACACUGGUGCAGGAGGUGGGAACCUGACCAGUCUGAAUGCACUUUGGACCAACAAUUCAACAAGCACUGAUGAGUUUACAGGAAUCAGUGCUAUGUUCCUGAACCUGCAGUGGGCUGUGUUUGGUCUCCAGCGACACAACAUUUUCCUGAGUAGUUACCUGCCGACUCACAUCCUCUGCAAGGUUCUCCUGGCCGUGUUCCUACUGACCAACCUGGUGGUGGUCAGUCUGUUGAUUGUCCGUCUGGUGUCCAGUGUCACAACGACUCAAAAGGAAAAAACUCUACUACAACGGACACACGCCAGAGCCAGAUUUAUCCUUGAGUACCAGGACAUUAGAGACCUUCCAGUUCCAUUCAACAUCCUCCAUUUCGUAUGGCUGGGUAUAAAGCCCAUAGUGUUGAGGUGCAAAAAAACUUGUUCCCGAGUGACCUGCACAUGUAAUGCCACCAUCUGCAGACGUUGGUGCAACAAACGUAAAGCAGAGAAGGCCAAGAAGGCAUGGUCAAGCUACUUUGGGGAGGGUAAUGUAUUUCAAGCAGACAAAGUUGACGUAAGUGACAUCAUGCGGCAGAUGGUUGCGCACUACCAGAAGACACUCCAGAGUCAUGUGUCCGUCGAGGACAUGGACAUAGCAGUGGACACUCAUCUCCUAGCUGUGGAGGAAGAAACAAAGGGUCUGAAGAAGGAGGUGGAAGACAUCUUCACAGGUUUGAGGAGCAACAAGGCUGCCCUGGAGACAAAUCUGGAGACACUUCAAGCUCAGAUCAGACGAUAGACUACGAAGGAAGUGAACAGGGUGGGAUGAAAUACUGUAUACUGUAAGCCUGUAUGGUUGAAGUAUAGUAGCUGACCUGACCACAAUCAGGGCUCGAAAU